AACCAGACACAAGUUACUCUUGGAGAGUGUGAAGAUAGUCUGUUUCAGUCACAUUGAGGACCAGACAGACACAUAAAUGCAGUAUCUAAACGUAAAAGAAGACUGCAAAGCCAUGGCUUUCUGUGCAAAAAUGAGGAGCACAAAGAAGAGCGAAGUAAACCUGGAAGCUCAGCAUCAGGGCUUAGAGAUACUUUUCUACCUGCAAGAUAAAAGCCCCAUUUCUUACACCAGUGGCGAGUUUACCUCGGAGGAGCUGUGCAUUGAAGCUGCCCAGAAGUGCUCUAUAUCUCCUCUGUGCCAUAAUCUCUUUGCACUGUUUGAUGAGAACAGAAAGCUCUGGUAUGCACCAAACCAGGUCUUUAAGAUAGAUGAAAAGACAUCGCAUCGGCUCUAUUAUCGAAUGAGGUAAGUGCCAAACAUCUGAAAAAUGACCAUGGGUUUUUCUUACCAAUACGUAGUUGCUCUUACUCAUACUACUGAGCUCACUGAAGAAGCUGGAAAGCAAAACCAAAAGCGACAGCUUGUCCUUCACACCACAGAUAAAAAAUUAACAGGAAAAGCUUAAAACGUCUCCUGAUUUUUUUUUUAAAUCUUUGUGAUAUAACCUUGAAAACACACCAGAAGUUGAAAACCACAAGAACUCAUAUUCAUGAAGCUGUAGGUGACUGAAGUGAAGAA